AUGCAUCCCGCAGCAGCAACAGGCAGCAGCCAACACACCGCAGCUAGCAGCCCAGCAGCCAAGCCAGCAGCAUCAGCAGCACACAGCUGCAAGCGAGCAGCUCAGCAGGACAGGCAUCAGCACACAGCAGACCUCACAGGAUCAGCACACCCCAGCAGCGCAAGCAGCGUCAGGUCGCAGCACAGCCACAGCAGCAGCACAGCAGCCAGCCACGCAUCAGCAUGCAGCAGUCAGCAGCCAGCAGGCCGAAGCAGCAGCAGCAGCAUGGGCAUCAGCAGCACACAGCAGCAGCAGCAGUAUCAAGUCAGCGUUGUGACAGCACCAGCAGCAGCACAGCACACCAAUCCAGCUAGCAAGGGCAGCAGCAUCAUGCAGUCACAAGGCAGACAAGCAGGUCAGCAGCCAAGGACCCAGCAGUGCCAGCAUAGCAGCAGUACACAGCAGCAGCAGCAGCAGCAGCAGCAGCCGACAUGCAGCCAAGCGAAGCAGCAAGCAGCUCAGCAGCCAGCUAGCAGCAAGCAGCAGCAGCAGCAGACAGGCCCCCAUGCAGCAGCAGGCGGGAAGCACCAGACAGCAGCAGCAGCAAAUGACCCAGGCAUCAUGCACAUCAGCAUAGGUGAAAAUUACUCUCAUUAUCAGCAGCAGCAGCACGAGCAGAUCAGCCAUUGCACAAGCAGAUCAAGCAGCAGCAGCGAGCAGCACAGCAGCUAG